GCAGUCCAAUUAAUGCGUGUGUGGCGAAGGCACCUCAUGUGUCAUGCAUACAUUAAAGAGGCAGAGGAGUCUAGAGGGAGACCGAAGAGCUUCUACUGCGAGUGUCAUCACAAAUUACCAGGAGAACUUGCGAUCGCACUCACUCUCUUCUCCCCCGCUUUUGGCAAAUGCUAAGGCAGCCGAGCCACCACCACCACCACCUCUUUCUCCCUCUCUCUCUCUCUCUCUCUCUUUCUCUCUCACACAUGCACAUUCUCUGCUUCUGUCUUUCUCUCCCUUACAUCCUCUUAUAGUGUCUAUAUAUGAAUCUUUCUAAAGAACUACAGUUAUCAGUGCUGCGUGUUAAGAGCUUUUUCACUUUUUGGACAAAUGGACAACUUUUGAAAAUGCACAGAAGGGGUGCAGCCUGAGCCGUAGCCUCCACAAUUUCUUUUUUUUUUUUUUUUACUUUUCUGACUUGAUUGAUUUUUUUUCUGAUGGAAAGACAUGCUUGUUAUGGUGUAACGGGAUGCUUCAGGACUUGAGCGCCAGCGUCUUGUUUCCUUCUUGCUUGCAGCACCGGCCUUUAGCUCAAGUUCCGGACAACGAUGAGCAGUUUGUGCCUGACUUCCAGGGUGAAAACUUGGCAUUCCACGGGCUGCAGUUGAGGAUAAAGCGUGAGCCCCACAGCCCCUGUGCUAAUCUGGGAUCAGCCUGCAGUCAGGAUAGACCCUUCAAGCUCCACUAUGGAGAGAAAUGCAUGUACAACAUCAGGGCUCUAACCAAUCUCCUGUCAUUCCCUGAUGAUCGCAGUGCCUACGAGCAAAAGCAUGCAGCAGGAAUGAAGGGCUCCAGUCCUGCAAAUACGCCCUGCAGCACGCCCGUGUCCCCCCAUCAGCACCAUGUGUCUCCCAGUGCUGGCCUCACCCCUAAACCAGACAGAACAUACCCCCAACUCAAUGGCCCCCAGCCCCUCCCCGACACCACCUACAACAUUGACCACAGGUUCCGUCGUCAGCUGUCAGAACCAUGUCAUUCAUUCCCUUCUCCAGCUGCGAUGGGGCGAGAUGGACGUCCCUUGUACCACAGACAAAUGUCUGAACCUAGCAUUCCCUUCCAGUCCCAAGGGUUUAAGCAGGAAUACUCUGACCCACUGUUUGAGCAUCCACUCAUGGUGGGAGCGCCACUGCCUCAAUCUUAUCCCCCUUCUAUGAUGAUAAAGCAAGAGCCACGAGAUUUCACCUAUGACUCAGAAGUGCCUAGCUGCCACUCGGUUUACCUGAGACAAGAGGGUUAUUUGGCUCAUGCAAACAGAACUGAAGGUUGCAUGUUUGAUAAAGGCACCAGGCAUUUCUAUGAUGACACGUGUGUAGUACCAGAAAAGGCUGAAGGGGACAUCAAACAGGAGGCAGGGCUUUACCGUGAGGGUCCAACCUAUCAGAGGCGUGGCUCACUGCAGCUCUGGCAGUUCUUGGUGGCCCUGCUGGACGACCCCUCCAACUCCCACUUCAUAGCGUGGACUGGCCGAGGAAUGGAGUUCAAACUCAUUGAACCUGAGGAGGUGGCACGACGCUGGGGGAUCCAAAAGAAUCGCCCUGCCAUGAACUACGACAAACUAAGCCGCUCGUUACGCUACUACUACGAGAAAGGGAUCAUGCAGAAGGUGGCAGGUGAGAGAUACGUGUAUAAGUUUGUGUGCGACCCCGAGGCCUUGUUCUCCAUGGCCUUCCCUGACAAUCAGCGGCCUGUGCUGAAGACCGACAUGGAGAGGCAGAUCAAUGAAGAGGAGACAGUGCCACUGUCACACUACGACGAAAGCAUGGCAUACGUUCAGGACGGAGCCUACUGCAACCCGCACCCUUACAGCGAAGGCUACGUCUACUGAUCAUCGAGCACAGACUCUGCCACAUUGGUCUCACCUUUUCAAAUUCGUAAGAAUUCACAACUAGUAUGAAAAGAUAUGAACAUUUCAGUGGUGGAGGGGUUAUCGCUCGUAGCUUUUCUUACAACUCCAUUCAAGUGAAAUCCAACAACAACAAAAAAAUCUCUCUCAGUCAUUAGAAUUCUUAUGAAUUUUGUGUGAGAUCAGGACAUCUUCGGAUUCCUCUUUCUGUUGUCUCCGUCAUUCCCCGGGACAAAGAGUGCACUUUAUGGACAGAGAUGGGCAGCGUGUAAAACCUACUGUCCUAGGUACGGUAGUUGCUCCUUUGAUGUUUGUUUCUUUUUUCAAUAAAUGGGGGGGGGGG